AUGAAUUCUUGAUGUAUCAACACUCCACCCCAUCCCCAUAGAAAAAUGUCAUUUCUUUCCAAAACAAAAAAGCUCUAAAAGAGCAUAUGCAACAACACUUUGCAGAACCUAUCAAGCCAAAUUACCCUCCCAAAAUAUGCAUUUCUUCAACUUCUUCUCCCUUUUCCUUUUUGUGUCUUCCCUCUUUUUGUUAAUUAAAUGGAAGAAUUCCAAUAGCAAAACCAAAAAAUUACCUCCUGGUCCAUGGAAAUUACCUUUAAUUGGAAGCAUGUUUCAUUUGCUAGGUGGACUUCCACAUCAUGUCCUAAGAGAUUUAGCAAAAAAAUAUGGACCAAUUAUGCACCUUCAACUAGGUGAAGUUUCUCUAGUUGUUGUCACUUCUCCUGACAUGGCCAAACAAGUAUUAAAAACUCAUGACCUCGCUUUUGCAUCUAGGCCCAAGCUUCUAGCUGCCGAGAUUCUCUUUUAUAACGGAACUGAUAUUGUCUUUUCCCCCUAUGGAGAUUACUGGAGACAAAUGCGUAAAAUAUGUCUAUUGGAAUUGCUUAGCGCAAAAAAUGUUAAAUCAUUCAAUUCUAUUAGACAAGAUGAAGUUCUUCGUAUGAUUGAUUUUUUUCGAUCAUCUAUUGGUGAGACAGUUAAUGCAACAAAAAAGUUUUACCAAUUCUCAAGCUCUAUGACCUGUAGAGCAGCCUUUGGGAAAGUAUUAAAAGAGCAAGACGAACUUAUACUACUCGUUAAAAAAGCAUCACAUUUAAUGGAAGGAUUUGAUGUGGCUGAUAUAUUUCCAUCACUAAAAUUUUUUCAUUUGUUAUGUGGAAUGAAGGGUAAAAUUAUGGAUGCUCACCAUGAGUUAGAUGCCAUUCUUGAAAACAUCAUCAAUGAGCACAAGAACAAUGGUGAAUUAGGAGGUGAAGGUUUAGUUGCCACAUUGCUAAGACUAAUGAAAGAGGGAGGUUUUCAAUUUCCAAUCACCAACGACAAUAUCAAAGCUAUUAUUUUUAUAAGUACAUUUUCCUUCUUGGGAAAACUGGUGCCUCUUUCUUCUAUUUUCUCUCUAAGCUUGGAUGAUUUUUGGUGA